AUGUCAAAUGAUGAGAACACUCCCAAAUCAUGGCGCCUUUUUAGCUCCGAAGACAUGAUCCAAGGAUACAAACCUAAAAGUGCACGAAAGCGAAAAAAUUCAGCAGAGAAAGAAAACAUAUCUGGAAACUCCGCAAGAAGAUUUACAUAUCCUCUAUCUGCUUUGUCACCUACUAAUCUUGAGAGUAGUAGUUUAAAUAGCAAACCACUGGAAGAUGUCUCUCUUACAAGAAAUCCAUUGUCUAACAUAACUAAUGAAAAGGAGAGACAUUUUGUUCAACGCAGAAAACUAGAUUCACGAUCUAAUCAUACUAAUCUUGCUCCUGCAGAGACGAGUAGUUUAAAUAGCCAACCACCGGAAGAUGUGUCUCUUACAAGAAUUCCACUGUCUAACAUAACUAAUGAAAAGGAGAGCCCUUUCGUUCAACGCAGAAAAUGGCUCUCAAGAGCUUCUAAAAAUAAUCUUGAAAGUACAACAAGGAAUUUGUUUGAUGAUAGCUUUGCUAAUCAAGAACCAAGCACCAAAUACUUUGCAGAUGAUGAAAUUGAGUGUUCAACAGUUCAGCACCCUGUUUUAUCGGAUGAUUCGGACAGUGAUUUCUCAUGUGGAGAAUCCAGUAGUGAUGAUGACUAUCCUUUUGGAAUGGAACCACAAUCUGAAAGUGAUGCAGAACAGAAUACAGCUUUUAAAACUUCAAGAGUCAUACCAAAUGAUUAUGCGAGCCUUGGUAGUCCUGAAUCAAUAUGUUCAAAAUGCAAUUCACGUCUAUGGAAAGAGGAACGGACCAACAAAAAUGUUACAAAAGGUGCUCCAGUUUUCUCAAUUUGCUGCAAGAAGGGUGAUGUAAAGCUUCCACCUUCUCCUCAAACUCCUGCCUACUUAAAGUAUUUGUACACUAACAAAGAUACAGCAGCUGAAUUUCAACGAAACAUAAGGCUCUACAAUGCCAUGUUUGCAUUUACUUCGAGUGGUGGCAAUGUUGAUCACUCUAUCAACAAUGGCCGUGGACCAUAUGUUUACAGACUCAAUGGCCAGAACCACCAUGUAUUUGGACAGUUAAUACCCGAUGAUGGACAAGCUCCCAAGUACUGUCAGCUAUACAUUUACGAUACAGCUAAUGAAGUGAAUAAUCGCCUCCGUUGGGUUAGUGUUGCUGACCAGCAAGCAGUUGAUACAGAUGUGGUUCAUGGAUUGAUACAAAUGUUGGAUCAGACCAAUGAAUUGGUGGCCAAGUUUCGGAUGGCACGUGAUCGAUUUGAAAAUUCAGACUUGGUUGAUUUGAAGGUAGAGCUCAAAGUAUGCAGAGCACAAAGUGGUAGAGAGAAUCAUAUUUCCUCUUCUGACGAGGUAGCGGGUAUAAUGGUUGGUAGCAGUGACUGUACUAUUGCUGACCGCGAUAUAAUAGUUGAGCAGAAAUUUGGUGGCUUGAAAAGAAUAUCAUAUAUUCACCCUAAACUCAUGGCUCUCCAAUACCCCCUACUUUUUCCCGACGGUGAGGAUGGUUAUCACAAUAGGAUACGGUUUCAGAGCGCAGAUAAAGAUUCAGACAAAGAACGUGACAUGAUAUCAAUGAAGGAUUAUUACUCCUACAAAUUCCAAGUGAGACAGAAUGAAGGAAUAACUCCUAGAUUAGGAGGGCGGCUUUUUCAACAGUAUAUGGUCGAUGCAUUCUCUACUAUGGAGCAGACUCGGUUGUGGUGGUUUCGUACACACCAAACCAUCCUCCGAAAUGAAUUGUACACCCAUAUCUGUGAUUCUGUUAGGAAUGGAGAUGGGAACUCAUCCAAUGUAGGUAAAGGAGUCAUUUUGCCAGCUGGAUAUGUAGGUUCCAAGCGUUACAUGCAACAGAAUUUUCAGGAUGCACUGGCUGUCUGUCGUCACAUUGGACAUCCUGAUAUUUUUUUGACCAUGACUUGCAAUUCCAUGUGGGAUGAGAUUCAGAGGAUGAUGGCUUAUCUACCUGGCUGUCUUUCUGCAAACAGCCCCGAUAUAAUAUCCAGAGUGUUCCGGUUGAAGCUGGAACAGCUAACAAAUGAUAUUAAAAAAAAGUCACAUUUUGGGAGAUGCGUUGGAGUUAUGUAUGUGGUGGAGUUUCAAAAGCGCGGCCUACCCCACGUUCAUAUGUUAAUUUGGCUUGAUGGUCCUUCUAAGAAAUUCUUAAAAGAAAAUGUAGACAAGUUUGUUUCAGCAGAGAUUCCAGAUCCUGAAGUUGAUCCUGAUGGAUACGCUGCUGUCAAAGCUUAUAUGAUGCAUGGUCCAUGCGGCUUACAAAAUCCAAAAUCUCCUUGCAUGAAGAAUUUUAAAUGUAUACGCCAUUUUCCGAAAAAGUAUUGCGCAAGAACAGUAUUCGAUGACAGUGGCUUCCCACUGUAUAUGCGGCGCAAGCAAAAUGUUAAAGUCCAUGUCCACAAAGUUGAUCUGGAUAAUCAGUGGGUGGUCCCGUUCAAUCGGGAUCUAUUAGUGAAAUACCAGUGUCAUAUGAACAUUGAGAUUUGCUGCCAUGCUCGGAGUAUAAAGUACCUCUUCAAAUACUGUCUCAAGGGACAUGACACUGCAACUGUGGAAAUUACUGGCCGACGGAAGCGAAAACAAAAUGAGAGCACUGACCAGCCUGUAGAUGAGAUUCAAGCAUACUUUGACGGCCGGUAUGUUUGUGGUGCUGAGGCGGCGUACAGAAUUUUUGGCUUUCCUAUACAUCACAGAACAUUGUCUGUGGAACGCUUGCCAUUCCAUUUGCCAGGUCAGAAGAACUGCACUUUUCGUGCCAACGAAUCUCUCGAGAAAGUGGUGGAGCGCGAGAAGGAAAGGCUUAGUAAGUUGGAAGCUUUUUUCAUGUUGAACCAGGUUGAUGUGAAGGCUAGAUGUUACACCUAUGACCAAAUACCCCAGCACUAUGUUUGGAAUGACACUCAAAGAAAAUGGACUCCAAGGAAGAGAGGCAACCAAAUAGGUCGCUUAUCUUAUACACAUCAUAGCAGUGGUGAGGUUUGGUACUUGCGUAUGCUACUCACCAAAGUUCAAGGUCCUACAUCAUUUGAAAGUUUAAGAACUGUCAAUGGAGUGCUCUGCCAUUCUUUCCGUGAUGCAUGUAAGGAAUAUGGAUUGUUGGAUGAUGACAAAGAGUGGCAUGAUGUGCUAGACCAGUGUGCAGCUGGCGGAUUGCCUCCUCAGAUUCGCCAACUGUUUGUCCACAUUAUAGUUAAUUGCAAGGUCACCGACAUUGCAAGUUUGUGGAAUAAUCACUGGAAACAAAUGGUGGAUGACAUUUUGUUGAAGAGGCGUCUGCUAAGUGAGAAUCAGAAUCUCAUCCUUAAUGAUUUCCAGCUACAGUUCUAUGCCCUUGCAGAAAUAGAUGAUUUGCUAAGAGCUAUUGGAAAGAGUCUCAAGAAUUACUCUCAGUUGCCACAACCACCAGCAAGCUAUCUCCAUCAGGGGACCAAUAACUUGAUUAUUGAAGAAACUAGCUACAACCUUGCUGAAAUGAAAGCUGAGCACGAAAAACUAAUUGCAAACUGCAACGAAGAGCAAAUUAAUGUUUAUAGAGCUGUGUUAGAUUCUGUUCAGGGUAAUCAAGGUGGAUUAUUUUUCCUUUAUGGGAGUGGUGGUUGUGGGAAAACCUAUGUAUGGAGGACUUUGAUCGCCAAAUUACGGUCUGAGGGUCAGAUUGUUUUGCCGGUGGCCUCCUCUGGGAUUGCAGCUACUCUUCUCCCCGGUGGCCGGACAGCUCAUUCGCGGUUCAAGAUACCCAUAGUUCUGGAUGAAUUCUCUCUUUGCAACAUUGGACACAAUUCAGAUAUAGCUGAGCUUAUUAAGGUCACGAAACUCAUCAUUUGGGACGAAGCGCCUAUGCAACAUAGGUACGCUUUUGAAUGUUUGGAUCGCUCGCUUAGAGAUAUUAUGAAAUCUGUUGAUCCUUCAAGAGCAAAUCUGCCGUUUGGAGGAAUUACAGUCCUCCUAGGUGGAGAUUUCAGGCAAAUUUUACCUGUGAUCACGCAAGGAGAAAGAGGUGAGAUUGUGUCUGCCUGCAUUACUAGAUCCAGGCUGUGGUCAAUUUGUAAAAUUUUUUUGCUAACCAGGAAUAUGCGGCUUAACCAAGGAAACAGUGCAGAAGAAGUUGAAGAAUUACGUCGGUUUGCAAAGUGGAUUUUAGAUGCUGGUGAUGGCAAGCUUCCACCAGCAGACCCGACUGAAUUCCCAAAUGCAAAAGAAAAUGAUAUUGUCAUACCAGCUCAGUUCUGUGAUCUUAGUAUAGGCAAUUCGGUUGAGAACAUGAUCUCAGCUACUUUCCCAGAUUUUAGCACCAACUGCAAAGAUCCAAAGUACUUGAGCGAAAGAGCCAUAUUAACUCCUACAAAUCAAACUGUAAGUCAUCUUAAUUCACUGAUCGUAGACAAAAUGCCAGGCGAUUCUGUUUCAUACUAUAGCGUUGACACUGUUGAAGAGUUUGGCGGUACCGAAGAUGAUUUCAACUCAGCUUUCCCGAUUGAAUAUCUAAAUUCUAUCAACCUUCCUGGAAUGCCACCACAUGAUUUGAAGUUAAAGGUCGGAGUUGUAGUUAUGUUGAUGAGGAAUUUAAACCAAACACUUGGUUUAUGUAAUGGAACAAGAAUGAUCAUCACAAAAUGUCUUAAAUUCUGUGUGGAGUGUGAAGUAAUUUGUGGUUCAUUCGCCGGGACACGACAUUUUAUUCCAAGAAUGGAAUUAUGUCCCAGUGAUACUCGCAUGCCUUACAAGUUGAUUAGAAAGCAGAUGCCGUUACAAAUAUGCUAUGCGAUGACUAUCAACAAAGCACAAGGUCAGUCACUUGAGACUGUUGGAUUGUUCCUUCCCAAAGCAGUUUUUACGCAUGGCCAAUUUUAUGUUGCAAUUAGCCGAGUUACAUCUCCACAUGGAUUACGAAUUUUCAUUGAUGAUGAUAGUGGACAGCCUACUAACGUCACGCAGAAUGUGGUGUACCAAGAAAUUUUCUACUCUUUACCAAAGACCUAG